AUGUAUGAUGCCCACCCAUUCAUUGCUAGUAGAGAUUUCAUUUUCGCAGAGCUAAGCAAUAUGAAAGCAGUCACCUUCUUACUUUCAAUAUAUUUCUCGCUUGCAAGACAGGUAAUGACAAACAACGGAACUGAAAUUGAUGAUCGUCCAGAUUGUGAAAAGCACCAAGACAUUAACAGGGCUCUUCAGAAUGUCGAUCCAUUUUCAUGGAUGUACCAUCGCACAUACCGACCAAACCCUGGGGAACCGGAAUUUGCGUGCGUCUAUGCUAAUGUUACGAAGCUGAACGGUACCGGUAACUAUGUGUUCAGGCAGGGAUGGACAACAGCAGAUAAUAAAACAGUUGAAGUUCCGUUGUUUGUGAAAACGGAAAGAACACCCGAAUACCAGAGACAGGAGGACAAUGCUAUGCGUGUAACGUUGAGGAAUGCGACCGGAGCGGUUUUAAAGGAUUUCGCAUUAUACAAGCUCAUAUACUCAGACUACACCAAGUGCGAUAUACUAAGGGUGACGUCAAGGGGUCAAGCCUGUGAGCUGUACGUGCACAGCAAAUAUCUGGAUGAAGCUGAACUUAAGGAAUGUAUAAGAUACUACAAGCACGCAUGUGUGAAAGAGGGUGGCGAAGAUUAUAAAGUUUAUAACGAACAUUGCAAAACACAUCAGAAACCAAAACUAGCAGCAACUGCGUUGCCACAAUCGAGUGACUGA